CGGAGCUUGAGCCAGAACUCUGAGCUGGUGGUGCCUGAGCAGCCUCCCAGCAGGGAGAAACCCUUCAGGUGCUUGGAAUGUGGGAAGAGCUUCAAGGCCAGCACCACCCUCCUCAUCCACAAACACAUCCACACUGGGGAGCGGCCCUACACAUGUGGGGAAUGUGGGAAGAGCUUCAAGUGCAGCUCCAACCUAGUCCGACACAAGCGCAUCCACACUGGGGAACGGCUGUACACGUGUGGGGAAUGUGGGAAGAACUUCAGGGACAGCUCCACCCUCCUCACCCACCAGCACAUCCACACCGGGGAACGGCCCUACACGUGUGGGGAAUGUGGGAAGAGCUUCAACUGCAGCUCCAACCUACGCAACCACUGUCGUGUCCACACUGGGGAACGGCCCUACACAUGUGGGGAAUGUGGGAAGAGCUUCAGUGACAUCUCCACCCUCCGCAGCCACCAGCGCAUCCACACCAGAGAGCAGCCCUACACGUGUGAGGAGUGUGGGAAGAGCUUCAGUACGAGCUCCAGCCUCCUCGUCCACCAACGCAUCCACACUGGAGAACGGCCCUACAAAUGCUUGGAAUGUGGGAAGAGAUUUCAGACCAGCUCACAUCUCCUCCUGCACCAGCAGACACACACGGAUGAGAGGCCCUUCCGCUGCACCGACUGUGGGAAGGGCUUCAAGCAGAACUCCACCCUUGUCACCCACCGGCGCAUUCACACCGGGGAGCGGCCCCACAAGUGCUUGGAAUGUGGGAAGAGGUUUCAGACCAGCUCAAAUCUCCUCAGGCAUGAGCAGACACACACAGAUGAGAGGCCCUUCCGCUGCACCGACUGUGGGAAGAGCUUCUGCCAGAACUCCUCCCUUGUCACCCACCGACGCAUCCACACCGGGGAGAGGCCCUACAAGUGUGGGGAGUGUGGGAAGAGCUUUGCCCAGAGCUCUACCUUGACCAGACACCAACAGACCCACCGGUAAGAGAAGCGCCUCGAGUGCCCCGACUGCAGGAA